AUGGUUCAGAAGAAUGUGAGCUUCCAUGUGGCCCGUCUGAAGCGUGCCAGGCCGCCGCCACGGCUGCUGGGAUCACUGGUGCCCCGGGCGAUCCCGCUCUGGCGCGACGGCGUCACACUCGACGUCGCUCUUUCCCUCUUUGUGAGGCCGAUCAAGGGCAACGUCGCUCACCUGUACGCCCGCGCUCCAUCACUGCCGCAGGAGGCGGCCGAGGGGGGGCUGCUUAAAAAGAAGCACGCCUGGGAGCGGCUCAAGGUUGGCAAGACGUGGCGCGAAGGAGAUGGCGAAGAUGGCGACGAGGGUGACGAGGGAGAGACGUACUACGAUGGGGAGCAGGACACGCCAGAAGUUCGGCUCCAGAAGCGAAGAGAAAAACUCAGCCGGACCGUGGUGCCGACACUGCUGCUCGUGUCCAAGAAGAACGUGCACAAGAGCGCAGUCUACCGCAACCGCUGUCGGACGAGAUUCAACGCUGCUUUUCGGACGGCGCUAGAGGGCAAGACAUUCCAGUCGGGCGAUGGACUGACUCAAGGCCAUGCGUACAUCUUUUCAAUCCGGAAAGAAGUUCAUGAUGCGCCCAUGCUGACCAUCGUUGAGGAGGUGACCCGAGCGCUGCAGGCCAUAAAGAGGAGGUUGUGUUCGUCGUGAACGGUCGUGGGGACCCUGUAACAACACUGCACAUUUGUGACAUUAGUCAAUGGCCAUUAUUCGGGUGACGAGGAAAU